AGCACGCUGUACCACCUUAUGAGCAGCUGAACGCACACCUGUGGAAGUGGAGCGGCGGGUGAGCCGGGAAAUUGGAUACACCUUUUUCAGGAAACCGGGAUUUUUUAUCGAGUAUCAGCGGCAUCAGCGGAUAAGGUAAAUUCUGAGGCUGAAAAUGGAGUUUUUUAAUAUAAAGUCUUCAGCCGCACUCAUUUAUGAUGAGUUCAUCCAAAAUGCAGACUCUCGGACGGGGACCUGGUUCCUCAUGUCGUCGCCUCUCCCUCAAACGAUCAUCAUCCUGGCAUACAUUUACUUCGUCACGUCUCUGGGGCCUCGGAUAAUGGAGAACCGCAAAGCCUUCGACCUUAAAGGGAUUCUCAUUGUGUACAACUUUGGCGUGGUGGCUCUCUCGCUCUACAUGUGCUACGAGUUUAUGAUGGCAGGAUGGGGAACAGGAUACAGCUUUCGCUGCGACCUGGUCGACUACUCUAAUUCGCCACAAGGUGUGAGGAUGGCAGCAACAUGCUGGCUCUACUACUUCUCCAAGUUCAUUGAGAUGUUGGACACAAUCUUCUUUGUCCUGAGGAAAAAGAACAGCCAGGUGACAUUUCUUCAUGUCUACCAUCACUCCAUCAUGCCCUUCACUGUGGUUGGAGUUCGCUUUUCAGCAGGUGGUCUGUGAACCUUCCACGCCAUGCUGAACUGUGUUGUCCAUGUCAUCAUGUAUCUCAUACUACGCCUGACUGCCAUGGGCCCCAGCUACCAGAAGUACUUGUGGUGAAGAAGUACCGUCACUUCCAUCCAGCUGAUCCAGUUCGUCAUGGUGACCAGCCACAUCUCCCAGUAUUUCUUCAUGAAGGACUGCCCCUACCAGUUCCCGAUCUUUAUCUACAUCAUUGGGCUGUACGCUGAUUUUCCUGUUCCUCUUCUUAACUUCUGGUACCACGCCUACACCAAGGGCAAGAGGCUGCCUAAAGUUCUGCAGGCUCAGACAUGGGCGCACCACUCAACACGGAGUAUGAACGGAAAUGCAAGUCAUGAAAAAGAAGAGUGACCGCCAGGAGCAGGCUCAUCAGGGGGUUUCGGGGUUGACCUCAUUUACGUAAGAAAACCACAGCAGAGUCUGAAAUUCAACCCCAAUUUGUUUUGGGCUGUAAUUUUUGAUUGCAUUUCUACUUACUUUUGCAAAAGACAAUCUUUAAAUUACAACCAAAGCUAUAUUUAAGAGGUUUACUGACCCAAGCUGAAGGGUUUUUUAAUCUUUGUUUACACUGAAGUUAAAGCCUGUCCUUGUUUGGCUGUGGAAGUUUCCAACUAUUCCUCAUUGUACAGUCCGUUAAUUACGUUUUCAAAUGGACUCCAUUCUCUCACUGAUUUAAUUUGCUUCACUUGUAGUACCCUUAGGCCGUACAGUUAUACUGAGCCUCUUCAGAUUUCUUCUGACACAUAAUUUUUUUUACUUUGUGACUUGAUGUUCCCUUUCAAAAGACUUUAGGAAAUCCAGUUCAGCUUAUUUUUUUAAAGUAUGCACAGAAAAGUGAAUAAAUGUAUUUAAUGUGACCUAAAAUUGAUGGUGUUGAAAAUACACAUGCCCUGUUCA